GCCGUACUUAUUCUAUUGAACACGAUUCCGAUGCGAAUUUAAUGUAUGAAUGGCAUGAAAAAGAAUAUUUGGGAGCGGCACAUGGACUUGCUGGAAUUUUACAAAUAUUUUUGAGUUAUUGGAAUUUCCUCGAUUCUAAAGCUAAAAACGAUGUUAAACAAACAGUUGAAUGGUUUUUGGGUAUUCAAUUAAAGGAUGGAAAUUUUCCUUCUAAUACAAGCAAAAUAGGAAAAGAAGCAGAACUUGUUCAUUGGUGUCACGGAGCGACUGGUGUGCUUCAAAUGUUGUUAGCUGCUCAUUUAGUUUUUGAGGAGGAAAAAUAUUUGGAGGCAGCCAAAUGUUGUGGAAAUUUAAUAUGGAAAAAAGGAAUUCUUGCUAAAGGUCCAGGAAUUUGUCAUGGAAUAGCUGGGAGUGGAUAUGGACUUUUAUUGUUAUAUAGAUUUACAAAAGAAGAAGAAUGGUUAAAUAAAGCAAAAACUUUUGGGUUUAUAAUGUUGAGUAAGAGUUUUAAGGUUAAAGUUUUUUUUGUUAAAAAAUUUUUCUUUAACAGGGCAGGACUUUUUUAUUUCCUAUUAGGGAACAUUUUUUUGGUUUGCCAAAAGGGAUAAACUCGGUCAGAAUAAUCGGCCCAGAAAAUUAACGAACCCUAAAAAUGCCAUCAUCGGCCCGACUCGGAAGCGGCUCAGUACCAAUUUUAACCAAAUUUUCUUCAAAAAAUGCUAAAUCCAAUCAGAGCAAUUUUAUAACAAUCUUUUAGCAAAUAAAAAUAAAAAUUUUUUUUAGAAAGAAGCAAGAAUUCCAGAUCGUCCAUGGAGUUUAUUUGAAGGAUGGUCAGGCGCUUUAUGUUUUUUGGUUGAUUUAUUAGAACCUUUAAAAGCACAAUUUCCAAUGAUUCCAAUAUUAUUUGAUGAUUGAAUUUUAUUUUGAAUUAAAUUUAUUUGGAAGGAUAAAUUAUUAUGA